UUCAACUUCAAGUUCCAGCUUUCUGCACUAACUUACUACAGAAGAAACUCUCUUUGAUCUGAGCAGAGGAAGAUUUUAUUCAUAUUGGGGCCUUCUUCUGCUUCGCGGAGUAGAACGAUCAGGAAUCAAUCAUGGCUGAAAGUGAUGGCCACUCUGCUGUGGCUGCACGGACUGCCGUGCCAACCAGGGAUCUCUUCAUCAAUGGCACAUGGGUAGCCCCUGUUCUCAAUGAACGCCUCCCAAUCAUCAACCCAGCAACUGAGGAGAGCAUCGGCGCAAUCCCUGCGGCCACUGCUGAAGACGUAGACAAGGCGGUGAAGGCCGCAAGGGACGCUUUCACCAGGAAUGGGGGCAAGGACUGGGCAAGGGCUACGGGCGCCGUGCGUGCCAAGUACCUCCGGGCAAUUGCUGCAAAGGUCACCGAGCGCAAGUCGCAGCUUGCACAGCUUGAGUCCAUGGACAAUGGCAAGCCAAUCGAUGAAGCAGAGUGGGACAUGGAUGACGUGGCUGGCUGUUUUGAGUACUAUGCUGAGCUGGCGGAGGGCUUGGACGCCACCAAGUACACCGAGAUCAAAGUCCCCAUGGACACCUUCAAAUCGCACGUGACCAAGGAGCCGAUUGGAGUCGUGGCCCUUAUCACCCCCUGGAACUACCCCAUGUUGAUGGCAGCCUGGAAAGUUGCUCCGGCGUUGGCGGCGGGCUGCUGCGCAAUCCUGAAGCCGUCUGAGCUGGCCUCGAUCACGUGUCUGGAGCUCGGCGCGAUUGCUGCUGACGUCGGGCUUCCUCCCGGCGUGCUGAACAUCGUCACUGGGCUGGGGCCAACGGCAGGCGCGCCGCUGGCAGAGCACCCAGGAGUUGACAAGGUGGCCUUCACAGGCAGUACUGCAACUGGACAGCGAAUCAUGAUGGCUGCCACGAAAGCAAUCAAGCCGGUCUCGUUGGAGCUCGGUGGGAAGAGCGCGCUUAUGGUGUUCGAGGACGCAGACAUUGACAAAGCCGUGGAGUGGGCGAUGUUUGGCGCGUUCUGGACCAACGGCCAGAUCUGCAGCGCCACGUCACGACUCCUGGUGCAAGAGAGCAUCGCCGACGAGUUCAAGCGGAAGCUCAAGGCGUGGGCGGAGGCUAUCGUCAUUGCUGACCCACUGAACCGCAAGUCGCGCCUCGGGCCGCUCGUCAGCGAAAGCCAGCACAAGCUCAAGGCGUGGGCGGAGGCCAUUGUGAUUGAUGACACACUGAACCGCAAGUCGCGCCUCGGGCCGCUCGUCAGCGAAAGCCAGUACGAAAAAGUGCUUGGCUGCAUCGAGGCCGGCAAGAAGGAUGGCGCGACGCUUCUGACUGGAGGCAAGCGACCAAAGCACCUGCCCAAGGGCUACUUUUUGGAGCCCACCGUGUUCGUGGACAUCAAGCCGCACCACAAGGUCUGGACGGACGAGAUCUUCGGACCGGUGCUGUCCGUCGACACGUUUCGGACGGAAGAGGAGGCCAUCAACAAGGCCAACGAUUCAAUCUACGGGCUCGCGGCGGCCGUCAUCUCCAAGGACGAGGCCCGGUGCCAGCGCGUGUCGGAGGCGAUCCAGUGCGGCAUCUUCUGGAUCAACUGCUCGCAGCCGUGCUUCUGCCAGGCGCCCUGGGGCGGCGUCAAGCGCAGCGGCUUCGGACGCGAGCUCGGGCCCUGGGGUUUGGAGAACUACCUCUCCGUUAAGCAGGUCACGAAGUAUAUCUCGAGUGAUCCCUGGGCUUGGUACCCAGCCCCUUCCAAGUUGUGA